CAAGCAAAAGAACAUACCCUCCCAGAGAUAGCCCUUGUGAUAUUUAAAUGUGUGGGUUAAUUUUUUAUCCACUUUAAUAACUGGAAUUUUUUUUCUCUCUACCUCUUUGCUUUCUGUUUCUGCUCGGAAGCUGUGGACACAGAAAUAUCUGCAGGCAAAUUACUCCAGAGCAUAUUGCAGGACAAUCUUAUAGCAAAUAGUUCAAUUCACGGCAUCUGGAUUCCUGAUCCUUUUCAGAAAUGGCAGGUGUGAGUGGAUGUUUAAAAUAUUCUAUGUUUAUCUUCAACUUCUUGUUCUGGUUAUGUGGUAUCUUGAUCCUGGCAGUUGCAAUAUGGAUACGAGUAAGCAAAGACGGUCAAGAGAUUCUCAGCUCUGAGACUAACACCAAUGUUGCUGUGAAUUUGUUGAUUGCUGUGGGUGCUAUCAUCAUGAUUUUGGGUUUCCUGGGAUGCUGUGGUGCCGUGAAAGAAAGCCGCUGCAUGCUUCUUUUGUUUUUCAUAGGAUUGCUUCUAAUUCUGCUUCUGCAAGUGGUGGCAGGUAUCCUAGGAGCAGUUUUCAAGCCUCAGUCUGAUCGUAUUAUGAAUGAAACACUGUAUGAAAAUGUAAAGCUUUUGAGCACAUCAGGUGAUACUGCAAAGGAAUUCCAGAAAGCCCUGGUGGAAUUUCAAGAAGAGUUUAAAUGCUGUGGUUUGGUAAAUGGACCUGCUGAUUGGGGAAAUAAUUUUCAACAAUAUUACAAGUCAUGUGAAUGUCCAACUUCAACGGAUUCUUCUUGUACAUUUUAUGAGGAAAAAUAUGUUUACAAACAGCCAUGUAUUUCUUUGAUAAAAGACUUAGUUGCAAAGCAUAUCAUCAUAAUUAUUGGAAUAGCAUUUGGACUUAUGGUCAUUGAGAUACUUGGUUUGGUAUUUUCUAUGGUCUUGUACUGCCAGAUCGGGAGCAAAUGAGUCUGUGGAUGUGUCAAGCUAUCACCAGUCAAACUUCUUUAAAAUUUUGCUUUGGCUUUGUAACCUUAAAUACAUGAGUGCUGUAUAUGGCAGUAGCAGCUGUCCUAUUAAAUUAUCUCAUUUAGCCAGACUGCAGAUAUCUUCCGGACAAACUGAACAUAUUUAAGAUAUGAGUGACACAAGAGAAAGGAUCUAAGUGUGCAUUUUUACUCAAAAUAAAAAUAACACUGUUUACAUUGGCA